AUUAUUGGGUGCAGAAAGCGAAAUGCCACAUUUGAAAUGCGCAUCUACAAGACCAGGAAAAUAAACUCUUCCAUGAACGACAGAGGUAUCGCAUGCGAGAAGGAGAACAGUGCCACGAACGUUGAAACGCACACCAACUGUUUGUGAAAGUGUGGUCGCCAGCUGGGUGAUUUUAACUCCUCUCUGACCCGUUUCACCAAGUUGCAGUUUCUGUCAUUAACUCUUCAUCCCUGGCUAGUUUCUUACCUUACCUGUAGCCAUCGCAGGUUAUACUUGGAAGAGGCUGGAUAGUUUCUCUCUCUCCAUGGACCUGCAGGAUUUCCUUCUCCGUGCUCGGGUCUUGAGGCUUUACAGACAAGCAUUGAGAAUUUCUGGUCGAGCCCCUUCUUCUGCCAGAGUUGAACUGAGACAGACAAUCAGACAAGAGAUGGAAAAUAAUAGAAACUGCAAUGACAAGCAAAGGAUCCGUUUCUUGAUUAGUGAGGGAUUGGAUAGACUGAACCGACUUGAUGAAAUGCUUGACAUGCAAGGUCACCGUUGAUGGAUUGGUAUGUGAUCAAAUACCUCGCCUUGUUAGGAGAGUAAAAAAUUAAAUUAGUUCAUGAAUGACAUGGUAUCUGUAAAAUUAUGGUUUAAAUUCUCCGUUGAUUAAUAACUUUGCUUGAUGAUUGUCCUUUUCUACAUUCUACAGAGAGAUUCAUUAAGAGUAAACCAUCUUUUGUUUUAAA